GCUUUGCCCAGUAGUUGAAAAGUGAACUCGACUCGUGAUGGUUCUCCUGUCACUUUGGUUGAUAGCAGCCGCUCUGGUAGAGGUUAGGACUUCAGCUGAUGGACAAGCUGGAAAUGAAGAAAUGGUGCAAAUAGAUUUACCAGUAAAGAGACAUAGAGAGUAUGAGCUGGUGACUCCAGUCAGCACAGAUCUAGAAGGACAUUAUCUCUCCCAUAUUCUUUCUGCAAAUCACAAAAAGAGGUCAACAAGGGACGUGUCUUCCAACCCUGAGCAACUGUUCUUUAACAUCACAGCAUUUGGAAGAGAUUUUCAUCUGCGACUAAAGCCUAACACUCAACUUGUAGCUCCUGGGGCUGUUGUGGAAUGGCAUGAGACAUCUCUGAUGCCUGGGAAUAUAACCGACCCCAUAAAUAAGCAUCAACCCGGAAGUGCUUCAGAAAGAAUCUGGAGAAAAGAGCCUUUGCAGACUAACUGUGCUUAUGUUGGUGACAUCAUGGACGUUCCAGGAACCUCUGUUGCCAUUAGCAACUGUGAUGGUCUGGCUGGAAUGAUAAAAAGUGAGAAUGAAGAAUAUUUCAUUGAGCCUUUGGAAAGAGGUAAGCAGAUGGAAGAAGAAAAAGGAAGGAUUCAUGUUGUCUACAAGAGAUCAGCAGUAGAGCGGGCGCCCAUAGACAUGUCCAAAGACUUCCACCAUUACAGAGAGUCGGAUCUGGAAGGCCUCCAUGACCUAGGUACACUUUACAGCCACAUUGACCAACAGCUGAAUGAAACAAUGAGGCGCCGCAGACACACGGGAGAGAACGAUUACAACAUCGAGGUGCUGCUGGGAGUGGAUGACUCCGUGGUCCGUUUCCAUGGCAAAGAGCACGUUCAAAACUACCUCCUCACCCUGAUGAACAUUGUGAAUGAAAUUUACCAUGAUGAGUCCCUUGGAGUACACAUGAAUGUGGCCCUGGUACGCAUGAUAAUGCUGGGCUAUGCAAAGUCCAUCAGUCUCAUAGAAAGGGGAAACCCAUCCAGGAGCUUAGAGAAUGUGUGUCGCUGGGCUUACCAACAACAAAAAUCUGAUCCCAACCACUCUGAGCACCAUGAUCAUGCAAUUUUCUUAACCAGGCAAGACUUUGGACCUGCUGGAAUGCAAGGAUAUGCUCCAGUCACRGGCAUGUGUCAUCCAGUGAGAAGUUGUACCCUGAAUCAUGAGGAUGGUUUUUCAUCUGCUUUUGUAGUAGCCCAUGAAACUGGCCAUGUGUUGGGAAUGGAGCAUGAUGGACAAGGCAACAGGUGUGGGGACGAAACUGCUAUGGGCAGUGUCAUGGCUCCCUUAGUACAAGCGGCAUUUCAUCGUUACCACUGGUCCCGAUGCAGUGGUCAAGAAUUGAAAAGAUACAUCCACUCCUAUGAUUGUCUCCUUGAUGACCCUUUUGAACAUGAUUGGCCCAAACUCCCAGAACUUCCUGGAAUAAAUUACUCUAUGGAUGAGCAAUGCCGUUUUGAUUUUGGUGUUGGUUACAAAAUGUGCACUGCGUUCCGAACCUUUGACCCGUGUAAACAGCUCUGGUGCAGCCAUCCUGAUAACCCCUACUUUUGUAAGACUAAAAAGGGACCCCCACUUGAUGGGACUGAAUGUGCUGCUGGAAAAUGGUGCUAUAAGGGUCAUUGCAUGUGGAAGAAUGCUAAUCAACAAAAACAAGACGGUAAUUGGGGAUCAUGGACAAAAUUUGGCUCCUGUUCGCGGACAUGUGGAACUGGUGUUCGUUUCCGAACCCGCCAGUGCAAUAAUCCCAUGCCCAUCAAUGGUGGUCAGGAUUGUCCUGGUGUUAAUUUUGAGUAUCAGCUUUGUAAUACAGAAGAAUGCCAAAAACACUUUGAGGACUUCAGAGCGCAGCAGUGCCAGCAGCGUAACUCCCACUUUGAAUUCCAGAAUACCAAACACCACUGGUUGCCAUAUGAACAUCCUGACUCCAAGAAAAGAUGCCACCUUUACUGUCAGUCUAGAGAGACUGGAGAUGUUGCUUACAUGAAACAGCUGGUACACGACGGAACUCGCUGUUCUUACAAGGACCCAUACAGCAUAUGUGUUCGAGGAGAGUGUGUGAAAGUGGGCUGUGAUAAAGAGAUCGGUUCCAACAAGGUUGAGGAUAAAUGUGGUGUCUGUGGAGGAGAUAAUUCCCAUUGUCGAACUGUGAAGGGGACAUUUACCAGAACUCCCAGGAAGCUCGGGUACCUUAAGAUGUUUGAUAUACCCCCUGGGGCUAGACAUGUGUUAAUCCAAGAAGACGAGGCUUCUCCUCAUAUUCUUGCAAUUAAGAAUCAGGCUACAGGCCACUACAUUUUAAAUGGCAAAGGGGAGGAAGCCAAGUCACGAACCUUCAUAGAUCUUGGUGUGGAGUGGGAUUAUAACAUCGAAGAUGACAUUGAAACUCUUCACACUGAUGGACCCUUACAUGAUCCCGUUAUUGUUUUGAUUAUACCUCAGGARAAUGAUACCCGCUCUAGCCUGACAUAUAAGUAUAUCAUCCAUGAGGACUCUGUACCUACAAUCAACAGCAACAAUGUCAUCCAGGAAGAACUGGAUACUUUUGAGUGGGCUCUGAAGAGUUGGUCUCAGUGUUCCAAACCCUGUGGUGGAGGUUUUCAGUACACUAAAUAUGGAUGCCGUAGGAAAAGCGAUAAUAAGAUGGUUCAUCGUAGCUUCUGUGAGGUCAAUAAAAAGCCAAAACCUAUUAGACGAAUGUGCAAUAUUCAAGAGUGUACACAUCCGCUCUGGAUAGCUGAGGAGUGGGAACACUGYACCAAAACCUGUGGCAGUUCCGGCUACCAGCUUCGCACGGUGCGCUGCCUUCAGCCACUCCAUGAUGGCACCAACCGCUCUGUACACAGCAAGUACUGCGUGGGUGACCGUCCUGAGAGCCGCCGGCCCUGUAAUAGAGUACCCUGUCCAGCCCAGUGGAAAACAGGGCCCUGGAAUGAGUGUUCAGUGACCUGCGGUGAAGGAACAGAGGUGAGGCAGGUCCUGUGCAGGGCUGGAGACCACUGCGACGGUGAAAAACCGGAGUCCGUCAGAGCCUGUCAGCUGCCUCCCUGUAAUGAUGAGCCAUGUCUGGGAGACAAGUCCAUAUUCUGUCAGAUGGAAGUGCUGGCACGAUACUGCUCCAUCCCAGGUUAUAACAAGCUCUGUUGCGAGUCAUGUAGCAAGCGCAGCAGUACCCCGCCACCACCAUACCUUCUAGAAGCUGCUGAAGCUCAUGAUGAUGCAGUCUUCAGUCCCAGUGAUCUCCCUGGAUCUCUAGUGAUGCCUACACCUUUCCCUGCUACUACUGCUGAGAAAAAGUCUUUGAGUAGCAUCUCUGCAGUGGAGAGUCCAAAUGCAUAUGCUGCUUUCAGGCUGAACAGUGAAACUGAUGGUGCUAACUUACCCCAAAGGAGAGCUCAGCAAACCAGAAGUAAGACACUGAGCCUGGUCUCAAUACCRCCCUCCUCACCCACCAAGAGUGGCCACCUCCAUUCUGCUUCACAGAGGGCGGCCGCUUCCUUCCUGGCAGUCAGUGAUUCAAUAGGUGCCUCUUCUCAGGCAAGAACCUCAAAGAAAGAUGAAAAGAUUAUUAACAAGAGACGUCUGAUAAGAUCAUCCACCUUAGAAAGAUGAAAAAGUGAAAUUUUAAGGGUAGAAAUCAGAGGGAAACCUGGACAACCUCCCUCUCCACAUGGUGCAUACAACUUAGUGAAAAUCUCCAUAGCUCGCCAAUUCAUUUUAUCCAUAAGUGAAAGAACAAAAAGUGCUGGUUCACUUUUCUAGUUGCUUUCAUCCUCCUCCUGUUCUGCAUUGACUCAUUCACCAGAAUUCGUUGGAAGAAAGCACCAAAGAUUACUAACCGGGAAAAUAGGUUGCUAUGUGUGUUGGUCACUCUCUAAUGAAGAAAAGGGACUGGAAUCAAUUGUGCAUAUAAGCUGGAUUUUUGUUUUAAAAAGUUACAGUAAACAUUUUAAAAAGAGAUGCCAACAGUUUACACUUCAAGAAAUUUUGGAAAUGGAGCAGAGAAUUCAUAGACUUGUAUUCCUAUUUAUCUAUAUUAGAAAUAUUGUAUGAGCAAAUUUGCAGCUGUUGUGUAAAUACUGUAUAUUGCAGAAAUCAGUAUUAUUUUAAGAGAUGUUCUCAAAUGAUUGUUUACUAUCUUACAUUUCUGGAUGUUCUAGGUGCCUGUCAUAGAGUAUUGCCUUAUUUUACAUUCCAUAGAUUGAUUUUCAAGGCAGAAUGUUGAGAAGUUAGAAUCAUAGCUACCGACAAUGCAAGAGGUUUUGUUGUAUGACUUUUGUUGAAUCAAUAAUGUGAUACCUAAAUUAUAGAAAAAGAAAAAAAACAGAAGCUUCAGACUUGUAAGUCUUGCUUUACCUAUUGCCUUCCAUCCUGUAAUUAAAAGGAAUUAGGAGUGGUGUCAGAGUACACUUUUGGUCACAGAGAACAGUGAAUGAGCAAGAUAAAGCCAAAACCCUCUUGCCAGGACCUCUGUAAGCAUCAUUGAGGUGUCCUGUGUUCUUAUGUUGUUUAAUUUCCUAGUGUUGGUAUACAAACAGUUAUACUUGAUGUACUAUAUUAAUCACAAAGAAAAAAGGUUCUGGAAAGAUUUGUGUGUUGGUAGCUGAGAAAAUACCAUCAAACUUGAAUUGAUCCUCAAGGAUAGUACUGCUUUGG